CAAGCCCCGUCGAGCAAGCGCCGCUACUGCUGCCAGUGCGGAGGGUUGCCCCCCGCGGCUGCCUUGGUCCCCGCUGGGGACGGGCUGCCCUGGGGGCCGCUCACCAGCACGCAGCACCAGCCUCCCGCUGCGCGCGGCCACCACUGCGCCGCUUUGUUCCCUCUCCCCGCGGUCUGCCGGGGCCCGGAGGCGGUGCAUCCGCGGGGCUGGGCGCGCCCCGCCGGGCUCCCUCCCGCAGGCACGGCCCUGGCGGCGGCUCGGCAGCGCCGCCUGUUCCCUGGCAGCGCGGCGAAGGCACCCGGGACGCUUCACAUAGAUGCUGUGACAAUGGAGUUGAGCUGCGCUGAAGUACCUCUUUAUGGACAGGUGACUAUACAUGCAAAGUUUGACAAUGACAUUUACCUCCCAGAGGAUGCUGAGUUUUACUUUGUUUACGAUGGAUCCCUGAAGAGGCAUGUAAUGUUUGCAGAGCGAGUUAGUGACAAUGCUCUUCGGUCUAUUGUUCCGGGUGAGUGUUCCUGUUCACAUUCUUUGUCUUUUUGCUAUGCCCUACCCCCAUUUCAGAGCUGGACACGACUGGACAAUUUGGUACAACUCUGUUUUAUGGCUCUGUAAUGGAGGAAAUGUAGGAAUUGAAUGAUGGCUUUUAAGGAUCCAGGCUGAGUUUGGCUGACCAUAGGUGUUCCUGCCUUUCAUAGCAGCGCACACCAGCACAGUAUCAGGUGUAGACAGUGUUACUGGGCUUGCACAGGUGGGUGUGCAUUAAAGCGCAAUCUUCGGGGAUGGCAUAAUUUUCAAUGUGAAUUAAUUCUAUUCUGUUCGCCUCCAGGCAUCCUAACGCCUGUAGAAGUAGUGUUUUUGUCUGAGCCUUCCCUGGGUGCAGCAGCCAGCCCUGCUUCCAAGGCCCUCGUGGUGGAGACAUGCGGUGCUUGGAGCUCAGCUUGAUCUGUACACAGUGCAGAGGUGUCCGUGAAACCGUUCCAGCGGUGCCUUGCUGCAAACAGGAGGGAUUCGUGUUGCCUUCCAGCUGGCCCUCUGCCUUGGCGUCACAUCCUCAUGGAUGUAACAUAAACCCCGGUUGUCAUCUUUAUAGUGUGCUUUGCGACCUUUUCAUUUGUAUGAAUAGGUAGCUAUAGACAUGAUGUACCUAUGCAUUAGGAUCUGCUUGUUAUUUUUUCUUGUUUUCUAAAGGGGAUUUAGAGUCUGAAAAUAACUGCUGAGUAUAAAAAGGGAGUUUGCUGCUGUUACAUAGUGGCUCCUUUGAUCCUGUGAGUGAUAAAUGAUUGUCAUGGAUUACAACUGGAGAAAAUUCAAUGCUAGGCUUAUUCCAGGAUGGCAAAGUUUUGUGGGUUUUUGAUUUGGUUUUUUUUUAAGAGGCCUGAAAUGACACUGUUAAAUGAUUGCUUCUGAGCUAGGAAGAAAAACAGGAGGCUGCAAGCAACACUUAAUCCUCUGCCUGGUCCCAGCAGACGCCAUUAACAGAUGAAAAUAAAGUGUGAGGUUAAAAUAUAGCCCUGCUGAUGUUAGUGUUUUUUCAUAGUGGCCAAAUUAAACAUAAGGGAACGCAGAGCACUUUAAAAACAACUGCAGAUGUGGUAAGUACAUGCUUCCUUCUGCAGUUACUAGAUUGCAUAUAUACUUGUAGUCGUUCAGGGAGAUUUUUUGAAAUUUAGAUUUGCACCCGUAGUAUGUCAUGAUCAGCUCUCCUGUGAGAGGUACAGCUUGCAUCUCUUAGAUGGCAAAGGAGAAGGAGGAAUGCACAGGGUGCUUAAGAGGUUUGAGAGACAAACUCCUUUGGACUUUGAGGAUCCCAACUAUAAGUUUGAGAGUUGAUACAGCAUUUAAUCAAGCCUGCCAAAAGCAUGAAUCAUGCAUUAGUUAAAAGCUUCUAGGUUUUGGCCUACAUGGAGACACCAAGUAGGUACAAAAUUGGUGUUAAAUAGAUAUAUUACUCAGAGUUUGUGUUGCAGGGCACUCUGCCACUCUUUUCAUGAGUAUCUAAUUUUUCUUAAUUCUUAUCCAAGAACCUUCAGGGUUUUGAUUUGUGGGAUUUUAUACUGAUAUGGUUACCUCUUCUUUCCACUGUUGUUAAAGAACCUUCACCUAGGAAGACUGGUUCUUGAUUUAAGUGUGUCAGUAUAAUUGGGAGGACUGGCAGUUCACAGUCUAGUCGAGUCCAAGUUCAUCACCAGAAAUGGUUGGUGGAUGCCCUACAAGAAAUAGAUGUAGUUAGAGGAAAGGAUAAAAUAAUGCUGGGUAAGUAGGCACAGCUCUUAGAGGCAGGGGCGAAUGAGGAAAAACUAAGGCAUUUUCUGAACAUAGGUAUUGUUAGUGAAUAAUCUACAUUAUAAUUGCAGGCCAUGGAUGCCAAGAAGCAGUUGCUGUCUCUGUGUUAAUGUACACAAGGGGAUACUCACCUGUGGUCCUCGGCAGCUGUCCCGUCAAUUACAGGGAGAAUCUGUCUUGCAAGUUGUCUCGCUUUCUGGUUGAUCACGCAGAAUGUGUCACUGCUGCUAGUCAUGAGCUGUUGCUGGAUAAAUUUGGGCUAAGGAAAAAAGAUCUGCAGUCCCUGGAUAACGAUUUGAUGAUGGCUGUUGCUUAUGAAGAAUUGCCAUCGACCUGGAACAUCCUCGGAAGCUGCUCAGGAGGUGCUGCUGGAAUGGCUGCUGGAUCUUAGCAAUGAAGACCUUGAUUCAAAGCCUGAAGAAAUCAGCUAUAGUUUUCUUCACAGACUUGGCUAAGCUUUUCAUCAAAACCAGCUGAAGCCCAAUGCAGAAGCAUCAGCAGGAUAACCAUGAUACUGAGAGGUGCUUGGGCAAAGCCACCUGGAGCCUAAACAUAAAGAAACUCUUCUCCACCUUGUGAUGAAAUUGGGCUUGGUUAAGCUUUCCCAGUUCUUAGCAGCCCAGCCUGGAGGUUCAUCAGCAUUAGCAUUACCUAAUGAUGAUGGAGCAACACCAUUAGAUUUGGCUUUACAAAAUGGACACUCUGAACUUGUAAAGGUCUUCACAAAUUUCCAGGGCAGUCACUCGCUUGACAUUUCAAGAGUGGAGAUCAGUGAGGGUGCUCGCGUGCAGUUUAUUCAUUCAUCAGGAGCUCUAACACUGACAUUUAGCCACACCACGCAGCACUUGCUGGAGUCGGACAUUAAGCUCUUCAGAAAAUACUUCUGGGACAGACCUCUUCUUUACCAGAGUAUUAAUUCAAACCAAGUUGAGACGGUGGAAGGUCCAAAAAUUCCCUGCACUACAGCAAGCCAUAUAGAAGGUCCUGUGAACUUGGCAUCUCAGGAGAUGUUCCAGAACGAUACAAAGCCUUUCCGAGACUCCACGGUUCCUUCUAAAGAAAAUGAAGAACAUGUCCUGUUGAGUGUAGAUCAGAGACACUCUACCCUUGAUGUUCUCAGGAAACUUAAGGCUUCACCUACUUUCUUUGCUGCAACCAGACUUUCUGCCAUGAUGAGUGGAAGCGAUGAAGUAUAUGCAAACUGCAUGGUAGUAGACCGAGCUGGAGAUUUAAAGACUAACUGUGUGAAAAGUGAAACAUGUCUGAACCCCAACUCAAUCACGAAGGCUAAGAGCUCUUCAUCUCCUUCCCUUGAGAAGAAUGACCAAUAUGUGUGUGUUCCAAAUGAAGAAAACCAAAAGCCAGUGAAAAAUGGAGAAAAUACAGGUGUAAGACAUACUGAUCUGUAUGGAGCAGAUUCGUACCUUUCAUUCAAGACUCAUGGAUUUAUUAAGGAUCAGGGCCAACUGUAUGCUGACAUGAAAAAAAAAAGUUCAAGUCUCGAUGACCUUGAAGUAGAUGGUGGAAGUGGAGAUGUGUUGGACAGAUCCCAUGUUCGCUACCCUCCCCUCAGCUCUUCAGAAGCCAUGGCUAGUAGCAGAGAUGGAUUAGAUUUAUCCACCAGUCUACAGCCUGAGGAAUGCACAGUAUCUGGAAUUCGGUCACGCUCCUAUUCCUGCUCCUCUCCCAAAGGCUUAUUAGGAAGACCUCACCUUCCUCGAGACUUUGCAGUUGGGGAUUCAAGUGAAGAUGGUGUGCUCAUGAACAGUGGUCGAUCCCUCCUUCAGGCUCUUUCACUCUCUAAGUCAGUGUCUCUGCUCCACCCUUGUAAGCGAGCGUACAGUCUGCCGGAGCAGUCCCGGGACAAAAGGAUUCAGGAGGAGGAAUGGAAUAAGUAUAUUGUACCCUCAAAAAAUGAGUCUGAAAAAUGUAAAGUGAGUCGAACUUUCAGCUUUCUGAUGAACAGAAUGACCAGCACACGAAAUAAGUGCAAGACAAAAAAUAAAGAUACCAAAGAUAAAGAGAAACUGAACAAGCACAAUUUUACAAAUGGGACUUUCUCAGGACUUAUGCCAUGUAUGGCCUGUGAAAAGGCGCUUCUAGGAAGAGAGUCACUGCAGUGCUCUUAUUGCAACAUGAUUGUGCAUAAGAGCUGCAAGGAAUGUGCUCCUGCGUGCACCAAGAAAUCUCAAGAGAGGUACCAUAAUAAAAGCAAACCCUCCGCUGGUGUAACAAAUUUCCUGCCUGGAGACAUUUCACAAACGGUGCUCUUCCCAGCACAUUCUUCCUCUAUGCCUAUUGGACUGUCUGCUGGAAAGAAGGAAGCCUCACAACAGUCCCAGUUCUUGUCCAAAAGUGUUCCCAGUGCCAGUUUUGAAAGAAGAUCUAUGCCAUUUUCUGAACAAGACCCUGAGACUAGCACCUGGAGGUCCAAGUCAAGGUCUGAAGAGAUGUUACAAGCAUUAGGGACUGUUUCUUCAAUGGAUCCUUUUAUGGUGGAAGAUGAUGUGGAUUUGUCUCAGUGGACUGAUCUCCACACAGAUGCACAAGAGUUUGAGGCAGAGUCCUGGAGUCUUGUUGUGGAACCAAUGUUCUGCAGAAAGCAAGAAAAGGAUGUCAUCAAGAGGCAGGAUGUCAUUUUUGAGCUGAUGCAAACUGAAGUGCAUCACAUCCAUACCCUGUUUAUUAUGUCUGAAAUAUUCAGGAAAGGGAUGAAGGAAGAACUGCAGCUGGACCACAGCACAGUGGACAGAAUAUUCCCCUGCUUAGAUGAGCUGCUGGAGAUGCACAGGCAAUUCUUUUGCAGAAUGAAGGAGAGACGGCAGGAAUCAUGUGAGGCAGGGAGUGAACGUAAUUUCGUCAUCAGCAGAAUUGGAGACAUCCUUGUGCAGCAGUUUUCAGAGGAAAAUGCAACUAAAAUGAAGAAAAUAUAUGGAGAGUUUUGCAGCCAUCAAAAAGAAGCUGUUAAUCUCUUCAAAGAGUUGCAACAAAACAAGAAGUUCCAGAAUUUUAUUAAACUGAGAAAUAGUAACUUGUUGGCACGACGCCGAGGAAUCCCUGAGUGCAUUUUGCUUGUCACCCAGCGAAUCACCAAAUACCCUGUUCUGGUUGAAAGGAUAUUGCAAUACUCGAAAGAAGGGACAGAAGAACAUAAAGACCUGUGCAAAGCCAUUUGUCUAAUUAAGGAUGUGAUUGCAGCAGUAGAUUUGAAAGUGAAUGAGUAUGAGAAAAAGCAAAAGCUGUUGGAAAUUCUCAGUAGAACUGAAAACAAAACAUAUACCAAGCUGAAAAAUGGCCAUGUUUUUAGGAAGCAAGACUUAAUGAGGAAAGAGAGGAUACUUCUUCAUGAAGGCUUAGUGUACUGGAAGACAGCGACUGGUCGUUUCAAAGACACCUUAGCUUUGCUUCUAACUGAUGUACUACUGUUCUUACAAGAAAAAGAUCAAAAAUACAUCUUUGCAGCUGUUGACCAGAAGCCUUCUGUUAUCUCCCUUCAGAGACUCAUAGUAAGAGAAGUAGCCAAUGAAGAAAGGGGGAUGUUUCUGAUCAGCGCUUCAUCUGCAGGGCCUGAGAUGUAUGAGGUUCAUACCAACUCCAAAGAAGAACGUAACAACUGGAUGAGGUGUAUUCAAGAUGCAGUAGAAAGUUGUCCACAGGAAGAAGAAGAAGGAAAAAUGAGUGAAUCUGAUGAAGACAGACGUAUUGGUGAGGCCAAAGCAUGCAGAAUUCAGAAAUGUCAAGAAGCACUGAGUAACCAGGACCAGCAGAUCUGUAGCUGUUUGGAAGAGAAGUUGCAUAUCUAUGCAGAACUGGGAAAUAUGAGUGGGUUUGGGGAUGUUCAUGUGGAACCUUACCUCCUUAUUAAACCUGAUUCUGGAGAAACUCCGCAGGCUUCUGCAUUGCUGGCAGCAGCACUCAGAGAAGUUGAAAGUCUCCAUGUUGCUGUAACAUUACAAGAGAAUGAAACAGACAGAUCCCUAGAAGAAAGUAUUGAGGAAUUAAGUGUGAGGCACAGACUGAGUGACAAUGAUAUCUUGGAAUCUGUUCCUGGUGUUGCAGAAUCAUCUGAAGUUGAUCUCAGUGUCAGAAAGGAAAUAGCAGAUGCCAAUCUAGAGGAUAAGGGAGGAAGUAUGAGUUUCCCAGGAUCUACAGGGACAGAGAUUGUACAAGCAAUCCAGAACUUAACCCGUCUCUUGUAUAGCAUGCAGGCAGCAUUAGCUAUCCAAGACAGCCACAGAGAGCUCCAUAGGUUACUCCUACAAGAGAAUGAGAAGACUGGUCGAGGCCAUGGUUCUCGGCUAAACCUCCUCCUGGAACAAGAGAAAUACCGGAAUCUGGAAAAACAAAGGGUGGAGCUGGCCAACAUACACAAACUGAAGCAGCAGUUUCAGCAGGAGCAGCAGCGGUGGCUGCGAGAAUGCGACCAGCGGCAGCGGGAGCAGGAGGCGAGGGAGGACCGGCUGGGGCAGCGGGAGAGGGAGUGCAGGUGCCAGGAAGAGCUGCUGGACAGGAGCCAACAGGGGCUGGCGCUGCAGCUGCAGGAGUACCAGCAGAGUUUGGAGAGGCUCCAGGAGGGCCAGAAAAUGGUGGAGAGAGAAAGAGACAGUAUGAACAUGCAGAAGAAGCUGCUCUGGCACCUGAAGCAUGGUCCUCAGAGUAGCCUGUUGUCAUCCACAGGGAGAUAUGAGAUAAUGGAAAAUAAUAAAUCGGACAGCUUACAGGACAAAACUAUGUUGUACUUAAAUGAAGCUGUAGUAUGUGUGUCUCUAAGCAGUCUCAACGGAUCAGAUUCUUCUCUCAUUUGUGAGGAUGGUGUGUAUGGGCUGAACAUCUCAAAUUCUCAUAUAGCAUGGACUAGUGAAAAUCAGGUGGACCUCAAAAUGGACACUUCUUGUCAGCCAACAUUAAGCAGCGCACUGUGGAAAUCCACUGGUUCUUACCAGCAGAUGUCAUUUUCCUGCAAAAGCAACAAGGAUGCCUUUAAUAAUGAUCUGAAUGCAUCGCAGACCCAGGGUCGCCAGACAAGCAUUCCAAACCAAGGAUCCAUCCAGCCUCCACGGGUAGAUGCACUGCUACUGAACCACCAGCCUGAGAGCUUGCAGGAUGACAAAGAUGAAGACAGAGUAGAGGAGAAGAUUGUGUACCUCUGAUGGCUCGUUUUCUAACUUCAGUCGCACUUUGGAAAUACAACUGUGUUUGCUUUUCUAAAUGUCUGUAGUUGCUCUCUGUAUGACCAAAUGGCUUUAAGGAUAGUGUUUAAUAUUCAAUGUGAGAUUUUCCCCAUGACAAAUAUAACAAUUAAGUUAUUUUGUAGCUUUUGUUUUAUAAUCUUUAAUUUAUGACAUGAUUUCAAAUGAUUUGCAAGAAGCAAGGGGAUAACAGGGAAGAUGUAACAUUUUGGAAUUGUAAAGAUGCUGCCAGGAGCUGUGAAAGCUGGUGCUGAAUUUCUCCUGAGUCCUCUUUUUAAAAGGGCAAGCUGAGAGAGAUGGGCCUGCUAUUCGAGAUUGCAGAGUAUGGAUGAGUAGCCUUCUAACAGCUGUUACAUAACAUGAGAAGACAGCAAUGUAAGAAUGAUGGCUAUAGUCUUUGCUGAAAUGUGCUAUGUACCCUUAACUAUGGGGUUGUUUUCCUUAUCCCCUGGCUCAGGAACUGUUCAGAAGAGGAUGUUUUUUAUGGUCUUAACAUAGUUGCAUAAUUGUGUUUGUUCAUGUCCCAGUGCUUAUCAUGAUUUUGGUACUACUGCCAGUUUCAGUGAAAAAAUGCCGUAAAUCAGCUUGUUAUUGUAUUAUAAGUGUAUCUCAUUUCUGUAAGUGCCCUUAUGCAUUAAAAUUCACCAGAUGAAAACACCUCACUGGUAAAAAGAAAGGGGAAAAUAGUAGGCUUUUAGGUAACUGAACCUUUUUGCAACUCCUCUGCUUUCUUAUGUAGGAGCCAGCUAGUUUCCUGCUUUCAGGUUCAUGGGAUUUUCUGCGUGUUAGGCGGUAAGAAACCAGAACCAGUUCUGUGCCUUUUGAUCUUUCAGAAAUAUUUGUACACUUCUGUCAAAUCGAAUAAAUGUUCUGUGCAUUUCUGCAAAA